AUGUUUUUGGGCGCGGCCGAGUGUUCCAGCCAUGACAAUUGUCCCGGUGACAAGACCUGCAUCGUUGGCAAGUGUUCAGACUCCUGUGAUGGUCUUUGUGGACCCAACACCGAGUGUGAGGUAACGUCACACAGACCGCUGUGUAACUGCAAGAAGAACUACGUGGGGAACCCGUUCAAAGGAUGUAUACUUGGAGACCCCGUUCCAGUGACCCUUCUGUUAACACAGUCUUCCCAAGUUUCACUGCUUGAUCUGGAAAGACAAAAGAUAGUAUCAGUACUACACUAUACACAGGGAAACUCUAAAGGAAACUCUCCAAGCGUUGCUUACCAUUAUCGCAAAAAAUACAUCUACUACACUGGCACUAAUCAGAUAUACAGAGACGAGGUGGCUGGCCGUCUAACCAGGACGGGUCCAACAGUAGCUGUGGUCUCAUCAGGGGUUGAUGCUAAUGUGAAGCUAGCAGUGGACUGGGUACAUGGCAAGCUGUACUGGAUGUCCCACACUGCUGAAGUCAUAGAGGUCAGUGACCUGGACGGCGGCAACAGGACGACCUUGGUAUCCUCCGGGCUGACCUUCAACUGGAACCUAGACAACAUUGCUGUUGAUCCUUACGCUGGGUUCCUGUUCUAUGUUAGCAACGAUUCAAUAUUCAGGAUGAACUUGGAUGGUUCCAAUAACUCUCAAGUUCAUCUUACCAACGACGGCAAAAGAGGGGUCUAUGUCCUGACCUUGGCCACGCACAAGAGAAGAAUCUUCUACACCAGCUGGGACUUGGAGGAGGUGACGCCUUACGUUGAGUCAUGUGACUAUGAAGGCAAAGAUGGGAAGGAUGUCCCCAUUGGAGAUGGUUGUGAAAACAUUUUAAUUGUGGUCCGAUUCAUGGUUUAG